AUGGAUGUCGAAUUAAACGCUCCAGAGAAAUUCAUACUCUGCAAUAACGAAAAGUGUUCUACUGUAUUCAAAUACAUGGAUGUAUCAGUUCAUACUGUCGUUGAUGGCCCUGAUCCAAGAGAUCACCUUGCCAAUGAAAGAAAUAUACUGGCUUGGAUUCGAACAGGCACUACAUUGUCCUUAGUGGGUUUCAUGACGCUGCUAGACAUGCCCACCAAGAAUUUUGCACCUUCUUACUCACUGCCAUGGACCAAUGAACCAGUGUCCAUCAAUGCAAAGAUUGUAUCUUACAUCUUUGUCGGUCUAGGCUUCACAUGUUUCAUCUAUUCACUGUUUAGUUACUUCAAGAACCAACAGCAGAUUGUCAAGAGAUUGCUUUGGGUGGGCCAUGGCUGGGUUGGAUACACUGUUGCUGCUGUCAUUAUCGUCUUUGUCAUCUUCAUCAUGGUCAUGGCAUUGACUGAAAUUCCACCACCUGUUUAG